AUGUUCCUUGUGGCGCUUCCUUAUGCUGUCCUGCACGGUGGCUACUGGAGUGUCUUGUCUCUGGCCCUUGCCGCAGUCAUCACUUGCUACACUGGAUUGGUUCUCGUGGACUGUCUCUACGACACCAACGCAAUCACCGGUGAGAGGGUCCGGGUCCGUCAGACCUAUGUUUCAAUUGCUGAAGAGGUCUGGGGUAAACGAUUUGCCUCACGGAUCGUCCACACUGCGCAGUUCAUUGAGCUAAUCAUGACGUGUAUCCUAUACCUGGUGCUCUGCGGUGAUCUGCUCUACAACACCAUUCGUCACACGCCACUUCGGGAGAGCGCCUGGACACUCAUAGCCUGUUUCUUCGUGUUGCCGUGUGCUUUCCUGCGGAACCUCAAGGCCGUCUCACGUUCCAGCUUCGGAAACGCCAUCGCUCACGUGAUCAUCAACGUUAUAAUCCUCGGAUACUGCUUCGCUCAAGCAGGUCAUUGGCACUGGAAGGACACCAGUCUUCGGAUUCACAUCCAUUACUUCCCCGUAUCUUUAGGGAUCGUCGUUUUCAGUUACACCUCUCAUAUCUUUCUGCCAAGUCUGGAAGGCAGCAUGGUGGAUCGACGCUACUUCAAACGGAUGAUGCUUUGGACGCAUGGUCUCGCGGGAUUCUUCAAGGCUUUCUUCGGCUACGUCUGCUACCUGACCUUCGGCCUCAGCACACAGGAAGUCAUAUCAGAUAAUCUUCCAACCCAUUCCUUUCGCUCUGUCGUCAAUGUAGUUCUUGUAGCCAAAGCGCUGCUGUCUUUCCCUCUUCCUUACUUCGCAGCCGUCGAACUCCUGGAGCGGGCGUUCUUCCAGGGUCGUCCUACAACUGUUGUACCAUCCUGCUAUUCUCACGAUGGCAUGCUCACGGUUUGGUCAAUCCCGCUCCGGCUACUCCUUAUCUGCGCCAGUGUUCUCCUAGCUGUCUUCAUACCGCACUUCGCUAUCCUCAUGGGGCUUAUAGGAAGCUUUACUGGGACUAUGUUGUCGUUUGUCUGGCCAUGCUGGUUUCAUCUUAAGUUAAAGUGGUACGAACUGAAAUGGUGGAACAAAGCAUUAGAUAUCACCAUCAUGCUAGUUGGUGGCGGAUGUGGUUGUAUAGGAAUCAUUUAUUCAUUUGAAGCUCUUAUCGAAACGUAUAUUUCUUCAUAGCUAUAUAAUGUUCUAAUCAAUCGUAUAGGCACAGAUGUAAAUACCUUGAAAUUGUUUUAUCAGAGUGUUAUAACAGACUAUAAUAUGAGAACUAUUGCCUAUGAUUUGCCAUUGUUGGAGAUAUUUUAGUAGUGGUGUCUUUGUUUAAUGGUGCCGAAUUACUGUGAUAAAAUACGAAAUCAUUGAACACUCACUCUAUUAACUGAGAGUCCAAGUAUCCUCAUAGGUAUAACUAAUAUUACGAAGACAUUAAUAUAUAAGGGCAUUUGAGGGUUUCUUUUUAUCAAUAGCACACUAGUUAUAUCUUAUCAAGACAAUAUUUGGCAUAAUACUGCCUGAUAAAAAAAGAUGAUGGCACACUCAAAAAUGAUUUCCAAAUUUAUGAAGAUGAGGAGGAAAAGGGUUUCUAAGUUGUAUUGUAUCGCACCCCUUGAGAUAUGCAGUUGAAUCCUACACAUCUUUUCCUUUUCCCCUUUAUUAUUUCGUGUUAUAAAUAUAUUGAACAUCAAACGUUUUUCUUUCGAAAUCGAUAGUAACGUCCUUUCCUUUUUUGACAACAUUUUAACAUUUAUAAUUAAAAUGAUUAACAGAAGCCCUAGAUCUACAGGGGCGCUGAACGGUUUUGCUUGUCAUGCAAGUGGGGCUGACUAAGCAAAGAAGUUACAAAACCCACUCACUCAGAUGGAAAUUUGUACGUUUUUGUCACGUCUAUUAAAAUAAAUGGGGGACUGAAGCCCCAGGCUCCACCCCCUAUUAGUUUGAGAGCCGACCCUUUUUGGUGGGCUCGUCAAAAAUUUUCUGAACAAAAGUGCCCCUCAUUUUGAAAAUCCUGGAUCCGCCCCUGGUUAUUAACAUUGAAUUCUUGAAAUCUGAAAAUCUUUCUACUCGUUGUGUUGGAUUAGCAUGAUUAGGUUAUACCAAUAAACUACCACAAAUUAAGCCAUGUCUACACUAUCACGGUAGACCUGUUACAAGUACAGGUCCUUUGAAUCAAAUCUUUUGCAUACUUCCACCCAUUAUCACCGGAAAUAAGCCCCCUCCCCCGUAACUUUAACACCCCAAUCUCCAGCAUUUCUCCCCUGUUUUGAUCAUGCUGAUACCCUUAAGUGCAUGUUGCUUGGUAGUUUUUCCUCUCGCUCAUCAGGUUGACAUAAUUCAAGUCGUCUUGAUUGAGAAAAGAUAUUUUGGGGCCACAGUGCCCCCCGCCCGCUCUCCCCGACAAAAUUUGAAAAAUGAAUGUUAUAGCCUGGGUAAUAUUGAUAUUGGGUAAUCUUUUCUAUUUUCCCUUCCUUUUGUUGAUUAUUAAGGGUGUGUCGAAGGAAAAAUGCUCACGAGGGCAUGGCCGUACAUGGUGGGGGAAGGAGGGGGGCAGUUGCCCUUAAAUUUUGAAAACUUACAUUAUUUUACUAAAAGGUUUUACAAAAUUCACCGAAAGUAGGCCUAUGCAUGAAAUCCUUCAGUUUCACUUUACAAAAUGCAAAAACACCCGAUUGACAAGCUCGGUCGCCUUGCUUCCCGAUUUCGAUUUUUUUUUUUUUUUUUUUUUUUUUUUUUUUUUUUUUUUUUAGUUUAUACGCGUUCUGCGCCCUCCCCCCCGCGAAAAUAAAAAUUUAUGCGUAUGACCAUGCGCGAAAGUGGAGAUUUUUUAAUGAUCAUGUGUACAGAGAAUCAAUAAAAUUAUGGUUAGCCGUUUCUGAUCAGAAUACGACACUUAAAAUAAAAACAAAUCGAUGCAGGCCACCGAUGGAUGCAUCUGAUUGGCAACAUAUUGCAGAAUUCGUCUCACCAGAGAUACGAUGUUAUUACACUGAAAAAUAUGUUGAUUUAACACACAUUUAGAUAUUUACUGACGUAUUACACCAUAGUGUAGGUUUACAAAAGAUUUUAGUUAUUACCUAGUCUUAUAAAGUAUCAUGUUUUUUAAUUCAUGUGCAUUAUUCAUUGUCCAAUAUACUUCUAAUUCCAAGUAAGUGUCAGUGCACUAUGCAGUCUAGUUUCUGACGUUUCAUUUUCUCCGUCGGUUUGAAACUAGAUAUUUGUGUAGCCUAAUAAAAAGUGAGUUUGUUAUUGAAAUUGGUUUCUUUAUUUCCUUGCUUAAUUGGUUUUGUUUUCAGUGGUAAUAAAUGAAAAGUUCUCCCCCAACAACAAGCUGAUUUGAACAAGCACUGAAUAUCAGACAAGAUCGACUGAAUGCCAAUGAAAAUUUGAUCAAAUUCGGAUUUUAGCCCAUUUUUUAUAAAGCAUUGAGGCAUUAUCGACGUUGCUUUUUCACUUUCUUGUGUAUUUUAAACAUGAAACGCAACCAUUAUCCCUUUUCAUUGAAUUCAUAUGGAGGAUCUUAAUCCUACUCAGUAUGCUCGCCACUCUGUUCCUUACCAGAUCAUUGUGUAGUAAAAAUAGCAAAAAUAUCAAUUUGAGAGACAGCCACAAUAUUUUCCAAGAACAUUUAAAAUUGAUUCAAGAUAAAAAAAAAUGUUGCUGUGUAUAGGCUUUCGGAACUGCACACCACGUUACCCCAUACCCCUCCCAAAACACACACCCACACACACACACACUCACACCAUUCAAAUAAUAUAUAAAUACAUAACAUAAUUAAAUACCUGAAUUAAA